AUGUACACCACCCCGCCACAAAUCGGGGGCCCCGCCCAAUCUUCCAACACCAACGGGCAAGCGAUGUGUGUAUAUCACCUGUUGGUGCUCGUUCAGUACCUGCAAAAGCUCAUGACGGAUCUCCUCCCUCGUCUUCUCCCUGCGCUCCCUCCUGGGGAGGUUUCGGUGCAGGUCGAGGUCGCUUUUUCCUCCCAACCCCGCUCCGUCGACGCGGCAUUGGAGCGCUUCCACUUUCUCGGGAAUUACACCGGCGUGAAGGAUAGCAACCAGGCGGCGGCGUGUGUGGAGGAGGAGCACCUCAUGGUGCUUCCGCUUUACCCGCAAUACAGCUCCGUCCACACCGCCGUCGCCUUUGAUGCGAUCACGCAUUCGAAUUACUUCACCGCGCAUCGAACGGUGCCGCAUCUUCAUUUUCUCCGCAGCUACGCCACGCGGCCGGCCUACCUACACGCCCUCACCACCUCCAUCACGCGGUAUUGCGCGGCGAAAGGGGCGCCGGAUUGGAUCUUCGUCGUCUUUGAGGGGCUCUCCAGGCGAUUCAUCACCUCCGGGGAUUGCUAUCAAGUGGAAUGCCAUCGGACCUUCACGGCCCUCCGCGCGGCGCUUUCCACGCCAUCCGAGAGCAAGGGAUCCGAUCGCCUGAUCGCGCCGAAUCGCAUCACGAUUAGUUUUCUCGAGUGGGGGGUGGAGCCCUGCCUGGAGCCCUCCACUCGCGAUGUUGUCGCCGGCAUCGCAUCGCAGAUUCGGCGGAUCGGAAUGGGCAUUUCCGCCGCCAAUGAGGAGGACGAGGCGGAGUGGAAGAAAUUUUUGGGAACGGCGUACUUCGUUUGCCCGGGGAUCGCCGUGGAUGAUAACCGUUCCCUGCAGCUCGUGCAGAAGCAGUUAUGCGAGCAAUGUCUGGAGCUGGGAUGGCAGCGGGCGGAGUAUAUCCCCGCUCUGAAUGGAUCCCCUGAGCAGAUCAAAUUGUUGGCGAAUAUUAUCUCGGAUUACGUCUCUUAG